AAAUGCUGGAAAGGGGCCAAGUCUUUGAGGCCCCUCUCCGACCAUAUUGUCUCAUUUUCCACUGCUCCAUGUCCCUUAUAACAUGGAGGAAAUUAUGGCAGCUUUCUCCUGCUACUAGCUGCUCUUAAAUCUCUCUUCCUUUCUUUCUUUCUCGGUUUCAAGCAUAAAGGCUCUAACACAACAUGAAAACAUACACUUAUUUCUUGCACCAAAGAAAACCCAUUGUCAAUCACAAAUGAACUGCUAAAGCAAAGAAAAAAGAAAAGGAAGAUUUUGUCCACCAUCUAUCAUUGCAAAUCAUAUAUAUCCAACUACAAAAGCACCUACAAUUUUUGACACUUUGCUCACAUCGCUUUAAACAAAUUUAAAGCAAGAAAGAAAGAAAGAAAGAAAGAAAGGAGAAGGAAAGAGAUCAUAUGGAGAUUGAAUCAGUUAAGUGUGAGUGCUGCGGACUGAAAGAGGAUUGCACUCAAGAUUACAUUAGUGAAGUGAAGGCUAAAUUUGAUGGGAAAUGGCUAUGUGGGUUAUGUUCAGAAGCUGUUAGAGAUGAAGUGAGUAGAGGCAAAAAGCAAUUUGGAAUGGAAGAAGCAGUAAGGGCUCACAUGUCAUUUUGUGGUAAAUUCAAUUUAAACCCAGCAGUUGGAGUUGCUAAUGGCAUGAGGCAGAUGCUGAGAAGAAGGUCAGGUGACUUGUCUUCUUCACCUUCUUCUUCAUCUUCUUCUUCUAAGAAGUACACUAGAUCAGCAACCACAAAACUCUACUGAUCACUGAAACAGAAGAUACCUAUGGGAGAAGCGCUCUUCCUUUGCUGGAAUAAUAUUGGAUGGCGAUGGCCUUUUCCUGGCUAAAAGUUAAUGUUAUCUUGUCUUAAUUUGUACAGGUCAAAGGAGGCUUCUUUCUUUAGUUCUGUUUUUGGUCACUUAAUUAGUGUCAUUUGGCAAUGCUUUUCUUCUCCCUUUCUUGGCUGAAGAGACAAGAAAAAAAAAAAGGUGAAGGGAAAAUCCCUUUUAACUUUAAUGAGUCGAGUUCUUAUGGAAGGAAGCUUCUAACUAGCCUUCAUUUU